UGUCAGGAGGGGCAGGAGGAAAGCGUUGAAAGGGCUGAAACCUGCAGUAAAUCCUCACAACAGAGAACGGUCACUGGCACCGGACAGCUGAGGUGCACAAGACUCAAGGCGGUGGUCUCGGGUAGAGCUCUCUCGUAUUUCUUCUUGCCUGUUGCAUUGAAUUCAAAUCUUUGUGGAGCUUGGUAGGUGGAUAUUGGUGGAGGCCAUCUGGCUGGAGCUUUAUGGGGAUUUCUCGCUGUGAGCCUUAUGCCUACUGGGUCUCAACCUCUGAGUUAUUGCCUGAGAGUGCAUCGCCGAGAUUGCACCUGUCCUGCAGGUCCAUCACUGUAACAGAACAUGAGUGAAGGAGAACACCACUAUACAUUCACACGGCGUCUGUUAACCGAGUAGGGGCGUGCACAUUCCCAUUCUGCUAGAGCAUCUGUGCAUCAUGGACUCUCUGGUGAAGAAGUCCCUGAGGAAGCCCAUCAGGAAGCUGACCAGCUGCGUGUCGGGGGUGAAGGAGAGGGAGGUGUGGGUCAAACACGGGAAGCUGAGGAGCAGAGGUGGAGGAUGCAGAGGGUGCAACAGGUCGGGCAAGAGCCCUCCUUCCCGAACUGCACACACCAAGGAUCUGUCAGCCAUCCGCUCCUACCAGGCAGACCUGGAAAAGGAGAGAAAGCUGCGAGAAGCAAUGAAUGCCCAGAAGAAUGCAGAGAGAGCAGCCAUGAGAGCUCACUUCAGGAGAAAAUAUCAGCUGGCCAAGAACCCCAAAGAUGCCAACCACCUGAGGUCUGUUGGCGGGAAAGUGUCGCUCCCCCGUGAGCUGGCUAAAAUGAUUCAUCCCGAAAACAAGACCAAGGACGAUGGAUACAACCUGUUGAGCGCUUUCCAAGGCCUCAGCUUCAACGUAGGCGUUGUCAGGGGGAGUAAACAGAGCAGAACACGUACCCCGACUCGAGCGAAUGGAGACCCUUGUAAAGUCAUGUGAUCAGUACACGAUCACAAGAACACACACAUCCUAUAAUGUACUGUAAACAACAACAACAACACACUGUAAUUAUGCCUGUUGUAAUAUGACAAUCAAUACUACAGUAUUGCCACACAUGAAGGCUGCGCACGCACAAGCUGUGUUUCACCAUGAUGCAUACACACCCAAUCCACUGUACGUGUCUGUAUCAACUGUCAAUCAUCCCAUUUGCAGUGAAGGAAUUUCCUUUGGAUUUUCCUUUCAUAUUUGUUUGUGUCUCAUUUGAUUUAAUCUCUAAAUACCUUUACAUUUACAAAAUAGGCAAUGCAAUAAGUGUUUUGUACAUGUGUUGCUUUGUAGGACAGUUUAAAUUUAGAUUUAAACUGUAGCAUUAUUUUUCAGCCCCUGAUAUAUUCUCUGUGUUUAGGUCUGACUCUGUGUUAAGGCCAAGCGAACAACUGACGUAAUAACAUGUAAAAUAUGUAAUAAAAAUACUAUUUAAAUUGGUUGGAAAUGUAAUCAAACCUUUAAAUGUAAAAAAAAAAAAAAAAUGUAAAUAAUUCACAGUUACAUUAUUCUGUGAUUAUUACUUCACAAGGGUUGUAAGAAUAUUUGUGAACUGAUGAUGUAAUAAUUAUAGACUAGUUAGUGCAUUCUUCUAAUUCUAAUGAGUUAUUGCAUCAUCACUUUGUGUUAUUAUCACAUACCUAUUACUAUGUACCCAUUUGAAGUAAUAAGGGCCUGUUAAUGUAACAAUGUGAUGGAAUUACAUUAUAUGAAGAUUUAUUCCUGUAACAGCACUGAUCACAUUUUUAGGUAAUCAUUUUAUGACAUUUUGACAUGAUGACUUCACUGGUAUAUUCUACGAUAAUUUCCAUACACAAGACAGCAACCUCACAGCCCCUUGUAUUCUACAUGUCCAAGCAAAUGGGUGAUGAGAUAACCAACAAUGCACAUUUUAUGUACUUGAUUGUUUUGCUUUUUCUCUGUCUUGUUUUUUCGUUGUAAAUUUCUUGCUUAAUGUUUAUGAGCCAAAUAUUGUUAUGUUGUGUUGGUGUGAUCACUGGACAAUAUUGCUCUCACUGCACUGAUACUGCUGUGUAAAUAGUUUCACACUAACCAAGAGGGUUUUCAUGAAAUAUGACAUGCAAACAAAGAUACAGCCAAAGCUCUUUGUAAGGUUUGGUAACCAACCAGUGCACAUAGAAAAUGACCAAACUUUUAAUAAAGGCUUGUUUGGCCACCUGCAUUACUA